AACACACUCAAACACCAUUGGAGCCAAAACUCAAACACCGCAAUCCACACUCAAACAACAACAGUGAGCCUGAGCAAACAGAGCAAUCAAGAAUGGCCGCCAGAUUGGUAUCUCGCUCCGCUCUUCGCAACCAAUCCAAUGCACCCUUCUCCCUUCUCUUCACUAAGCUUCACUUAACCACAGUACCUCCAAUCAACCCCACCCACAAACCCAUCAUAUCUUCUUCUUCUCCCACAACAACCAGGCUUCUUCUUCUUCCUCCUCCAUCAUUCUCUUCUUUCCGCCUCUUCAGCUCCUCCUCACCCGCCACCAAAGGCACCACCCUCGUCAACUUCUCUCUCCCCUCCGACGACGAAGACGACACCCCACAUCCCUCCAAACCAAACGACAGGUCGUCUACGUCGUCGUCGAGGUCCCUCCCUCCUCCCUACGACCCGUUCAACAAGAAGCCGGCGUUCGAAGACCCAGAAGACCCGAAAGACUUGCAAGAAGUGUUCCACAAGAUGCGCUCAGACGGGCUCCAAAGCAAUGCAGUCAAGAUGUUCGACGCUUUGUCCAAAGACGGCCUCACCCACGAGGCCUUGGAGCUCUUCGCCCACAUCAAAGACAAGGGCCAAAUGCCCGACGUGGUGGCCCACACCGCCGUCAUCGAGGCCUACGCCACCGCCGGGAAGCCCAAGGACGUGCUCAAGGUGUACAUGCGGAUGCUGGCCUGUGGGGUGGCGCCGAAUGCGUAUACUUAUAGCGUGCUCAUCAAGGCACUCGCGGCCGAGGAGAGGUUCGUCGGGGAUGCGAAGAAGUAUGUGGUGGAGAUGUUGGGGAAGGGAAUAAGGCCUAAUGCCGGGACAUAUGUGGCGGUGUUUGAGGCGUUGGCGGGGGAGGAAAAGGCGGAGGAGGCGAGGGUGUUGUGGGAGGAGAUGAGAGGGAAGGGGUUUGUGGCGGACGAGCAGGCGGUGAGGGAGGUGCUCAAGGGUAGGAGGGGAGCUGUGGUUAGAAGUGUCAUCAACAUUCUCUUUGGAAAGUAGAUUUGAUUGCUGGUUUUGGAUGUGUUUGCUUUGAGGACAUUACUUUUGUGUUUGAUUAUUGCUAUGAACUUAUUCACC